CCUGGCCCCGCUUCCUGCGCUCUUGUUGAAUGGUUUCUCAAGACUGGAGGCCACAUGGGUACGAUGGAAAAAGUGUCUCGCUGAUUUAGCCCAAUCCCAGACCACUCUCCCUUGAGUGAGGAUGAGGGUCUACUGCCUGCAGAGCAGGAGAGACACUGUCUUCUCUCAUGUGCUCACAGUCUGGGCCUGGUCACCAGCCAGUCUCAAAGCAGAGCAGGGCCAGUCUUGGUCAUGGGCAAUCAGACUCUCACAGUCUCUGGCAGCCAGCUGUGCUGCGGCGUAAGGGCCCCGAUGAACCAGCCUUGCCCCCAGCCACAGAAAUCCCUGGCCCUUUCCCAUCUGUCCCCAGUUCUGAGGUUCAUGAAGUCAACCUGCAGCAUGUCACAUCUCUACCCAAGCCAUCCUGGACUAGCAGCCAUUACCAACCUUCCCUGGGAAACAGGUGGGUCAGGCCUGCAUCUAAGCCCAGUGCUAGCCCCGUCCUCCAUACACAGAUUUCCCUGCCCUGGACUUCCCUGGGCCCUGCCCUUGCAUGAAUUAUUCGGUCUCUCAUCCCCAGCCUCCUCAGAUCUAUUGGAAAAUUUGAUUUAAAAGUGACAAGAUGAGAUCAUUCUCUGCAUCUUGGACCACAGCCUUCCCUACUCCCUUGGGCAGAGCAGCCUGGCACUGUUCUCUAAGCCAGGCAGAGAGCUCAGGACUAGGUCUUGGCCGAGCCGUCCCAGCUCUCAGAGUGGCCCGGUAGGGUAGGGCCAGACACUGUCUGUGUUUGCAGACACUGGCUUCUGUUGGCCUCGUUAUGACCCCGCAGGUCCUCCUCUCCAUUUGCACUGCUCCAAUUCCCCUCGCCCACUGCCCUUGCUGUCUUCGAGGUCCAGGGAGCUGGAAGGAGAUAGGAAGACUGAGGCCUGGGCUCAAAGUGGGAUAAGUAGACUGGGAAAAAGAGUGGGACUGGAGCAGUCCUUCCGGCCUCCAGUUCCUCCCGAGUCUGUCUAGGCCUCAGCCUUGUCAGGUAGGAGGGAAGACUGGAGAAUACACCAGGGUCUAGUUCUUGAGUCACAGGCCUAGGUUGGGGUGCCUGUGUGAACAGUGAGUCAUCUGAAUGAUGCUCCCCAUGCUGAUCUCCAGAAGCCGUGGAUAUGAAACCUUAGAAAAUGGAUAGAUCUGCUGUGUGAGGUUAAAGUGGAGAUGUGGAGAUAGUCCUGGGUCCUGUAGCUGUGCCCAGGGGAGACAAGUCCUUGUAAGGGGGCACGGGGUGUGGUGGCACAGGGCUGUCAUGCCAGCACUGGGAAAGCUGAUGGAGGAUCAGAAGUUAGAAGCCAGUCUAAGCUACAUAGUGAGUUUGAGACUAGCCUGGGCUAAAUGGUGAGACCCUAUCUAGCAGGAGGGAGGGAGAGAAGGGGAUGGAGAGGUAGGUGUGUGAAAGCCUGUGCUGCCGGAAAACAAGUGUGUGUCAUUUUAGCCCAGUCCAUUAGUGAUAUUUCUGCAGCAAACGUCAUGAACCGAUAGACCUGGGUGACCCCGGGGACCCCACUAAAUACGUGCCGCCGUCGUGAGGAAGGGGUGCCUGGUGCUGCCUGAAGAGCAGGUCAGACGGCCCGGGUGGGUGGGCAAAGGAGGCAGCAGCUCUACUUGGUUAAGUUAGGGCAGGUUGGGCUAGAGCGGCCCCUAAAGUUGAAGUGUGAGAGGAUGGGCUGAGUCCCGAGUGGCCGCGAAAUGGCAGAGCCCUAACAGUCCUCCAUCCCCUCACCUGUUUCUCCUUCUCCAGCCCCCAGUUCCUCUGCCUGGGGUAGUGCUGCUUUGCCCAAAGCCCACAGUCAACCUGGUGCCUCCCGAGGUCACCUGAUGGUAAGGACCAGUUGAACAGACUGUCCCAGCAACCACUGGUGUCUUCCAGUGAUGUGGGAGGUCACAUGCCUGCUUCUGUGCCUGUGGUUUGUAGAGUCCAGGGCUUCCCCAAGUCCCAGGUGGGCCUGCUCAGUCCACUGCUAUCUGGGCAGCAGAACACUCCAAUAUGCCCCAUCAUCUCCCUCCUUCCUGACCCCAGCUGUGUGCUGAGCUGUGUGGAUGCAGGGGUUGGGAGGACCUGGGACCAUGCCCAGACCUGACAAAGUACUCAGCGUUGAGGAAGAGGAAGUCGAGGCAGGCCCUCUGUGGUCAUGGAUAUAGAGGGCUCUGGGUAAGGGGCUCCCACCUACUUAUGACAGCCCUCAGCCUCUUGGACAUGCAGGCUUGGAACCUUCUUCAUGGUCUGAACAAAGAAUUAAGCAAAGGACUGAGACGAGUGGGGUGGCUGCGGCAGAGUGGCCACAGAUGCCACUGCCUUCCGCGUGCCUGUGGGCCGAGGUGGGGCAGGGCCAUGGUGAUAGCAAAACUAUUUCUGCCAUGUUGCUGCGGCUGCUGCAGGAUACAUCAAUCAUUGAUGCUCUGGGCAUCAUGGUCAGCCUUCCUGGAGAGGCAGUGGAGCAUUGGGUCAGGCCAGUGGGGGAGGGGCAGAGCGUGAGAUAGCCAUGACCACAUCGGGUCCAAUCCUCUCUUUACCUCCAGUCCCCGGGCCCCAGCUCUUGGGGGGAAAGAUCAUGGGGUGUUACGGAGCCGCACAACACCCCUGAGUGGACGUUUAGAGGAGGUGUGGUUGUGAGCUGGGUCAUCUCCCCACAUGCUGGGGAGGGGGUAUAAAUUCCUGAGCUAGACCUUGCUGCAGGAGCCUUCCCCAGCAGGACAUCUGUCCCCAGAGGAGGACAUGGGGAGGAGGCUGGAGCCGGGGUGUGGUGACGGGAACUCCUGGCAGUGCAUCGCUCUGCGGCAGAAGAUGGCCAGGCUUCAGACUGGGGGAAGGGACAGCCCACGGAGCAGAGCAGGUCCCCUACCACAUACGUUUUUCUCCCCUGCUCCUGUUCACUGUGAUCCCAUGGCUAGGUUUAGGCUUCAGAAUACUACUAGUGAUAGAAGGGUCUAGCUGGGCCCUGGGGAGAGAGUCUGACUUGUCCACCCACGUAGGUAAGUGGCUUCCAUAACAGGGUCUUCCAAAGGCAUAGUGAGUCAGCCACAACCACGAGGCCCCAGGAGCACUACUCAGGAGUGUACAUAUCUGUGCACAUGAACCUGAGUGUGUGCGCAGGAGUGUGUGUGCAUGUCUGUGGAUACUGAGACAAAUCCAAGGUGGUCUGUGGCAUGUGUGUUGGUGUGAGUGUAUGGUCUUGUUUUUCCAUCUGUGGCUCUUCCCUGGGGUGGAAAGCUCUCUAGGCAGAUACCCCAAGGUGUCUGUCCCCCACAGUGUCUGGUCUGACCUCUAGUCCAAGGGGGAUCUUCCAGGAGAUGGCAGCUGGACUCCCCAUGUUAGGCCUCACCUCGCCCUGACCUUCAAGCUGCAGUCCAAGUGCUAGACCCCAAGCAGCACGGAUCUGCCUACCAGCCCUGAGUCGGAGUGGGCGAGAGAAGGGAGGGAGAGUCCUUGGGUUCCCACCCCACAUCCUGGAUCUGGGGCCUAAGCCAGCCCUGAAGCAACCCUCAAGACUGCAAAUGAGUAUGGCAGUGAGCAGCCUUGCAUUUUUCUCAAGCCCCAGCAGAGCAGACACAGACGCUUUGACCAUACACGGCCAGGUUCAUGCAUGGUCACCUUCUCACUGGGUCAAGGGUGUCCAGGCCCCAUGGAGGAAGCUCAAGAGGGUCUCAGGUGUCUCAAGGGAGGCCUCAUGACCAAGCACAACUCAUACUGACUGUGGCAAAUGGGAGAGUGCUGGCACACCUAGGUACCUCUUACCCAGUACUGUGCCAUCAACAUGACAGCCUUAGGCCUGUUGGAACUGGGGUAGCCUGGAUAACAUCCACAUCCCAAAAGAGCUGAUGGGCACCGCCACAGCCCUAGGUGGAUCAUGCUAGACAACCUGAGACCACUUUGCUUGAACGAUGUUGCCGAGAGACCAGGGACAUAGCCAGGUCUGCACCCAAAGGUCUUUGGUUAUACAAAACCACGCCUUGUUCCCAGGCCCUUGCUCUCAGAUCCUGAAGCCGGAUUCAGAUACACUGGACCGACAGACUGAGACCUUCCAGCCUACCCAGCAGGCAGAGAUGUACCCCAGAACGCAGAGACCCUUCUACCCAGAGACAAGGUAGUGUUCUUCAUCCAGGGCAUUUCCCCGGGGAUGGGAUGAGACUCGUGUCCCACCAAGGCAGGGCUGAGGCCUAUUCAGUUGGAGGGGAAGGCUGCCAAGGCUCCUUCCCAGCAGUGCCUGGUGUCUGUCUGACCUGAGUUGUUGGCAGGCUGCCCAGCACUGCAGCCCAGCUAACGGGAACUGCCGAGGGUGAGUCAUCCCAAUGCUCACUGGCUCACCUGGGCCCUGACUUCUGUGGGGAGUUCCCGCUUGCACCUAAGACUGUGUGCAUAUGCAUCUAUGUCCUGUUACACUUGGGGUGUGUGUGUGUGUGUGUGUGUGUGUGUGUGUGUGUGUGUGUGUGUGUGGUGUGUGCACGUCUGAGUAUACGGGGACAAAUCCAAGGUGGCCUGUGGUGUGUGUGCUGGCCUGAGUGCAUGGUUUUGUUCCUGGGUCCAUGUGGCUCUUCUGCUGCAUCUUAGCCUCCCCUGGCUCCCACCCCAUCUUGUUGCCCUAGAAAAAGCGGUGUGCACACCUCCCUCUCUGUCCACCUGGCAUGGCCAACCCACUGUCCGGGACAUUUCUGUCCCUCAGGUCUGCACCAGGCUGGGGUUAGCCAACCCUGAGUCUGUGGAAACAGAACUUGGGCCUUUCUCUCCCCAAAAUGUGUUCCCUCCUGCAUGGUGCCCAGGUAGAGGCCGGUGAGAUCCUGUCCUCUCCUGUCAAAGCCUUACCCAGUCCUCUUCGUUAGCAUCCAGGAUGUCCCAGGAUCGCUGAAAUCCCACCCAGCUUCACUGCCCUCGUCCAGCAGCUCUUGAUUUUUCAGAAUGCCUCCCCCAAGCUUCGACCUGGAGCCCCUGACAGUCCCUGUUCAGGCCAUGUUCAGCACCUGCUCUCAUGCCCAUCUUGAGAACCAAUGUUGUCUCUCCACUGACAGGAAUAGUUCCCACACUUGUCUUGUUCACGGCCCCCUAGGCUGCCAGGAACCUUCCAGGAGCCCUCCCUAGCCAUCCAGCACUGCCCCACUGUACCUUCGCUGUCAUGCAGCCCGGGGGCCAAGCCAGUAGAGUCCUGUCAUGGCCAGGUGCCAGGUGCCAGGCUCUUUACAAAAAACACUGAAAAGUCAAAUCCUGCCUUGGGGCUGUAGGAUGGCUCCAAUUCUGGCCCUGUUGGACGGCCUACAGGGGAUCUGCCCAGGGCACCAUGUCCAAACUAUCGGCUUCUAGCCUGUUCUUGCAUCUGCUUUACCGUCUCUUGUCUUUUGCCCCUGAACCCCAUCUUCUCCUGAGGAGCUCAGAUCGCAAGCUGUCAUUUCCCUGGACUGCUGUGCUCCACAGUCAAGCUGGAGGGAAGGAAGCCCUGGAUUCCGGGUGCAGGGGAUCUGGUGGCCCCUGGAGGAACUUGACAAAUCUCUGCCCCAGAAACGCAACCUGGAGGAGGGAGGGGGUGAGGUCAGCUGGGGGGGUAGGGUAGACCACAGGAGCCUGGGUCCGACGGGGCGGGUCCGUUGUAGGGCGGGGCCUCAGCUGCGGCAACCAAUGGGUUGAAUGAGACCGGCGGCACCGCCCGCGCCGUCUCUGCCGAGUGGUCAGCGUGGGCUGGGCGGACCAGGGCGGGGCCGUAGCCAAGGUCUGGAGGUACCCCGGGCGUAAGCCGCAGUCACAGCCCGGCUGCCCGCGGCAGCACAGGGUACCGAAGCCGUGGGCUCCGCCCUUCUCCAGGCGCAUCAGCUCCUGGCCUUGACUGGACGCGCAGGGCCGCCGCCGGCCCGCACCACCAGCCGCCAAGAUGUGCGACUGCUUCCACGUGGCGCUGCCCACCUGGCCCGGAGCCCCCGGCAGCGUGUCUGGACGACAGCUGCAGAACCAGGAGCCAGGGGUUGAGACUGAAGAAGACUACUCUGUGACUGAAGGGCCUGUGGGUGAGAUCAUUCGGCCAAGGCCGCAGGGGUCCUCCCCUGUUUAUGAAUACACAGCUGAAGGUGCUGGCUUUGGAGCCCAGGAAAACAACCAGGGCAGGCACAGCUCCUCUGGCAGACGGAGAUCCUGGUGGAAAAGGGAUUCAGGAGAAUCCACAGCCUUCUCCAGUAUGAGUCACCCAGAGUCUACGCAGGAGGCAACAGAGGUGACCUUGAAGACUGAGGUAGAGUCAGGAGCCAGUGGCUACACUGUCACAGGUGGAGGAGACCAGGGGAUCUUUGUCAAGCAAGUGCUGAAGGACUCCUCUGCUGCCAAACUAUUCAGCCUGAAAGAAGGGGAUCAACUUCUCAGUGCAACCAUAUUCUUUGACCACAUGAAAUACGAAGAUGCUCUUAAAAUCCUUCAGUACUCAGAACCAUACAAAGUUCAGUUCAGAAUCAAACGGAAACUCUCUGCCAGCAAGGGAGAGGAGUCAGCCAUUCAGCAAUCUCAGCGAGGCUUGAAAGGCCAGGAAAAACAGGACAAGGACAGUGCUGAUGGAUACAUGGAGACCCCUACAAAGACGCUAGAGGCAGAUGGAGACCGAGAAAGACUUAUUUCUAAGUCCAGGGAUGGUCGCCAGAGGCGGCCCCAGGACAGACUCUCCUGGCCAAAAUUUCAAGCCUUAAGGAGCAAGCGGGGGACAGGCCCCCGACGCUCACACAGUUCCUCAGAAGCCUCAGAGCACAGGGACACACGUGAUGUGUCCCCCACAAGCACAGACACAGAGGCCCAGCUGACUGCUGACAGCCGAGAGCAGAAGUCAGGGUCAGGAAGACGAAGGAGGAGGUUCCUGAACCUGAGACUUGGGAUGAGCUCUGGGCAAGGCCCAAAUACAACUGAGCAAGUGGGCAGAGAGAUCCAGGACAGGCAGGAUCGUGCUGGGGAGCUGCAAGAGUCCCAGCCACAGGAGGAUGAGACUCCGGCACCCGGAUUCAUGUCUGCUCUAACUGUGCAGAAGCCUACGAAACCCAGUCAUCCCAACGUGGACAGAGAAGGCCCUGGAGAAAUGGGAGGGAAAACAGACAGACAUCACAGAAAGAAGAAGCAGUUGGCAAAACAAGAAAAGGAGAAGACACUUGGCCAGCAUAGAGCUGAGCCAGCCCCAGGAAGGAGCUGGGAUGACGAAUGGGAAGAGGUAGAGAGCCUGGAAAUUGGCAUUGCAAGACUGUCUCUGCAAGACAAACCUGACCAAGGCAGCCCACAGGUUUCACAAUGCGACGGGAAAACCCCGGAAACUGGGAUUUCCCAAAAAAAGAAGAAAGAGACAAAAAGAGACAUGAAAGAAGUUGUCCUAGGGGACACGGUACAGCAAGAAUCAGGGUACAGGGACGGGAAAAAUAUACAGGUACAAGUAGACUCACAAGGAGGAACAGUGCACUCUAAAGGAAGAGAGGAUGGGAGAGAAAGUUGGAAAAAUGAAGAGAAGGCAAGAGAAGAAAAAGAACAGGUAACACAGACAGAGCAUGUAAGGUUGAAGAUGCCCAAAUUCAGAAUACCAUCCUUUGGAUGGUCUCCAACAAGGGAGGAAACAGCAGUGAAAAACAGACAAGAAAUGAAGACAUUGGACUAUGAAACACUGGAUGAGGAAAACAUAAAAGAGGCCAUACAGAGAAAACACAGGGACUGUGUAAAAGACAGAGACAAGAGAGAGAAAACAGAAAAUAGAGUGAAAACAAAGACCAUGGAAGUGGAACAAAAAAGUAAUGAAGAAGGAGAGUGUUCAAAAAGAGAAUUAAAUUUCAAGAUGCCCAAGUUCAAGAUGCCAUCCUUCGGAGUGUCGGCGCCUGGCAGGCCCUCCGUGGAGGCCUCGCUGGAGGUGGCGGCGCCCAAGGUGGAGGCGGACGUGGCCCUGCCCUCCGCGCAGGGCGACCUCAAGACCCCUGACCUGAGCAUUCAGCUGCCCUCCGCCGAGCUGGAGGUCAAGGCCGGCCAGGUGGGCGUGAAGCUGCCCGAGGGCCAGCUGCCCGAGGGAGAGCUGCCCGCACAGGCUGCCGCUGGGGCCGGCCUGAAGGGCCACCUGCCCAAGGUGCAGAUGCCCAGCCUGAAGAUGCCCAAGGUGGACCUCAAGGGCCCGCACGUGGACCUGAAGGGCCCCAAAGUGGACGUGAAGGGCCCCAAGGGGGAGCUGAGCGGCCCCGAGGUGGACGUGGCCCUGCCCGGCGUGGAGGUGGACAUCCAGGCCCCGGGUGCCAAGCUGGAGGGGGACCUGGCCCUGGCCGACAAGGACGUGGCCGCCAAAGACAGCAAGUUCAAGAUGCCCAAGUUCAAGAUGCCCUCCUUCGGCGUGUCCGCGCCUGGCAGGCCCUCCGUGGAGGCCUCGCUGGAGGUGGCGGCGCCCAAGGUGGAGGCGGACGUGGCCCUGCCCUCCGCGCAGGGCGACCUCAAGACCCCUGACCUGAGCAUUCAGCUGCCCUCCGCCGAGCUGGAGGUCAAGGCCGGCCAGGUGGGCGUGAAGCUGCCCGAGGGCCAGCUGCCCGAGGGAGAGCUGCCCGCACAGGCUGCCGCUGGGGCCGGCCUGAAGGGCCACCUGCCCAAGGUGCAGAUGCCCAGCCUGAAGAUGCCCAAGGUGGACCUCAAGGGCCCGCACGUGGACCUGAAGGGCCCCAAAGUGGACGUGAAGGGCGCCAAGGGGGAGCUGAGCGGCCCCGAGGUGGACGUGGCCCUGCCCGGCGUGGAGGUGGACAUCCAGGCCCCGGGUGCCAAGCUGGAGGGGGACCUGGCCCUGGCCGACAAGGACGUGGCCGCCAAAGACAGCAAGUUCAAGAUGCCCAAGUUCAAGAUGCCCUCCUUCGGCGUGUCCGCGCCUGGCAGGCCCUCCGUGGAGGCCUCGCUGGAGGUGGCGGCGCCCAAGGUGGAGGCGGACGUGGCCCUGCCCUCCGCGCAGGGCGACCUCAAGACCCCUGACCUGAGCAUUCAGCUGCCCUCCGCCGAGCUGGAGGUCAAGGCCGGCCAGGUGGGCGUGAAGCUGCCCGAGGGCCAGCUGCCCGAGGGAGAGCUGCCCGCACAGGCUGCCGCUGGGGCCGGCCUGAAGGGCCACCUGCCCAAGGUGCAGAUGCCCAGCCUGAAGAUGCCCAAGGAGGACCUCAAGAGCCCGCACGUGGACCUGAAGGGCCCCAAAGUGGACGUGAAGGGCCCCAAGGGGGAGCUGAGAGGCCCCGAGGUGGACGUGGCCCUGCCCGGCGUGGAGGUGGACAUCCAGGCCCCGGGUGCCAAGCUGGAGGGGGACCUGGCCCUGGCCGACAAGGACGUGGCCGCCAAAGACAGCAAGUUCAAGAUGCCCAAGUUCAAGAUGCCCUCCUUCGGCGUGUCCGCGCCUGGCAGGCCCUCCGUGGAGGCCUCGCUGGAGGUGGCGGCGCCCAAGGUGGAGGCGGACGUGGCCCUGCCCUCCGCGCAGGGCGACCUCAAGACCCCUGACCUGAGCAUUCAGCUGGCCUCCGCCGAGCUGGAGGUCAAGGCCGGCCAGGUGGGCGUGAAGCUGCCCGAGGGCCAGCUGCCCGAGGGAGAGCUGCCCGCACAGGCUGCCGCUGGGGCCGGCCUGAAGGGCCACCUGCCCAAGGUGCAGAUGCCCAGCCUGAAGAUGCCCAAGGUGGACCUCAAGGGCCCGCACGUGGACCUGAAGGGCCCCAAAGUGGACGUGAAGGGCGCCAAGGGGGAGCUGAGCGGCCCCGAGGUGGACGUGGCCCUGCCCGGCGUGGAGGUGGACAUCCAGGCCCCGGGUGCCAAGCUGGAGGGGGACCUGGCCCUGGCCGACAAGGACGUGGCCGCCAAAGACAGCAAGUUCAAGAUGCCCAAGUUCAAGAUGCCCUCCUUCGGCGUGUCCGCGCCUGGCAGGCCCUCCGUGGAGGCCUCGCUGGAGGUGGCGGCGCCCAAGGUGGAGGCGGACGUGGCCCUGCCCUCCGCGCAGGGCGACCUCAAGACCCCUGACCUGAGCAUUCAGCUGCCCUCCGCCGAGCUGGAGGUCAAGGCCGGCCAGGUGGGCGUGAAGCUGCCCGAGGGCCAGCUGCCCGAGGGAGAGCUGCCCGCACAGGCUGCCGCUGGGGCCGGCCUGAAGGGCCACCUGCCCAAGGUGCAGAUGCCCAGCCUGAAGAUGCCCAAGGUGGACCUCAAGGGCCCGCACGUGGACCUGAAGGGCCCCAAAGUGGACGUGAAGGGCGCCAAGGGGGAGCUGAGCGGCCCCGAGGUGGACGUGGCCCUGCCCGGCGUGGAGGUGGACAUCCAGGCCCCGGGUGCCAAGCUGGAGGGGGACCUGCUGGAGGGGGACCUGGCCCUGGCCGACAAGGACGUGGCCGCCAAAGACAGCAAGUUCAAGAUGCCCAAGUUCAAGAUGCCCUCCUUCGGCGUGUCCGCGCCUGGCAGGCCCUCCGUGGAGGCCUCGCUGGAGGUGGCGGCGCCCAAGGUGGAGGCGGACGUGGCCCUGCCCUCCGCGCAGGGCGACCUCAAGACCCCUGACCUGAGCAUUCAGCUGCCCUCCGCCGAGCUGGAGGUCAAGGCCGGCCAGGUGGGCGUGAAGCUGCCCGAGGGCCAGCUGCCCGAGGGAGAGCUGCCCGCACAGGCUGCCGCUGGGGCCGGCCUGAAGGGCCACCUGCCCAAGGUGCAGAUGCCCAGCCUGAAGAUGCCCAAGGUGGACCUCAAGGGCCCGCACGUGGACCUGAAGGGCCCCAAAGUGGACGUGAAGGGCGCCAAGGGGGAGCUGAGCGGCCCCGAGGUGGACGUGGCCCUGCCCGGCGUGGAGGUGGACAUCCAGGCCCCGGGUGCCAAGCUGGAGGGGGACCUGGCCCUGGCCGACAAGGACGUGGCCGCCAAAGACAGCAAGUUCAAGAUGCCCAAGUUCAAGAUGCCCUCCUUCGGCGUGUCCGCGCCUGGCAGGCCCUCCGUGGAGGCCUCGCUGGAGGUGGCGGCGCCCAAGGUGGAGGCGGACGUGGCCCUGCCCUCCGCGCAGGGCGACCUCAAGACCCCUGACCUGAGCAUUCAGCUGCCCUCCGCCGAGCUGGAGGUCAAGGCCGGCCAGGUGGGCGUGAAGCUGCCCGAGGGCCAGCUGCCCGAGGGAGAGCUGCCCGCACAGGCUGCCGCUGGGGCCGGCCUGAAGGGCCACCUGCCCAAGGUGCAGAUGCCCAGCCUGAAGAUGCCCAAGGUGGACCUCAAGGGCCCGCACGUGGACCUGAAGGGCCCCAAAGUGGACGUGAAGGGCGCCAAGGGGGAGCUGAGCGGCCCCGAGGUGGACGUGGCCCUGCCCGGCGUGGAGGUGGACAUCCAGGCCCCGGGUGCCAAGCUGGAGGGGGACCUGGCCCUGGCCGACAAGGACGUGGCCGCCAAAGACAGCAAGUUCAAGAUGCCCAAGUUCAAGAUGCCCUCCUUCGGCGUGUCCGCGCCUGGCAGGCCCUCCGUGGAGGCCUCGCUGGAGGUGGCGGCGCCCAAGGUGGAGGCGGACGUGGCCCUGCCCUCCGCGCAGGGCGACCUCAAGACCCCUGACCUGAGCAUUCAGCUGCCCUCCGCCGAGCUGGAGGUCAAGGCCGGCCAGGUGGGCGUGAAGCUGCCCGAGGGCCAGCUGCCCGAGGGAGAGCUGCCCGCACAGGCUGCCGCUGGGGCCGGCCUGAAGGGCCACCUGCCCAAGGUGCAGAUGCCCAGCCUGAAGAUGCCCAAGGUGGACCUCAAGGGCCCGCACGUGGACCUGAAGGGCCCCAAAGUGGACGUGAAGGGCGCCAAGGGGGAGCUGAGCGGCCCCGAGGUGGACGUGGCCCUGCCCGGCGUGGAGGUGGACAUCCAGGCCCCGGGUGCCAAGCUGGAGGGGGACCUGGCCCUGGCCGACAAGGACGUGGCCGCCAAAGACAGCAAGUUCAAGAUGCCCAAGUUCAAGAUGCCCUCCUUCGGCGUGUCCGCGCCUGGCAGGCCCUCCGUGGAGGCCUCGCUGGAGGUGGCGGCGCCCAAGGUGGAGGCGGACGUGGCCCUGCCCUCCGCGCAGGGCGACCUCAAGACCCCUGACCUGAGCAUUCAGCUGCCCUCCGCCGAGCUGGAGGUCAAGGCCGGCCAGGUGGGCGUGAAGCUGCCCGAGGGCCAGCUGCCCGAGGGAGAGCUGCCCGCACAGGCUGCCGCUGGGGCCGGCCUGAAGGGCCACCUGCCCAAGGUGCAGAUGCCCAGCCUGAAGAUGCCCAAGGUGGACCUCAAGGGCCCGCACGUGGACCUGAAGGGCCCCAAAGUGGACGUGAAGGGCGCCAAGGGGGAGCUGAGCGGCCCCGAGGUGGACGUGGCCCUGCCCGGCGUGGAGGUGGACAUCCAGGCCCCGGGUGCCAAGCUGGAGGGGGACCUGGCCCUGGCCGACAAGGACGUGGCCGCCAAAGACAGCAAGUUCAAGAUGCCCAAGUUCAAGAUGCCCUCCUUCGGCGUGUCCGCGCCUGGCAGGCCCUCCGUGGAGGCCUCGCUGGAGGUGGCGGCGCCCAAGGUGGAGGCGGACGUGGCCCUGCCCUCCGCGCAGGGCGACCUCAAGACCCCUGACCUGAGCAUUCAGCUGCCCUCCGCCGAGCUGGAGGUCAAGGCCGGCCAGGUGGGCGUGAAGCUGCCCGAGGGCCAGCUGCCCGAGGGAGAGCUGCCCGCACAGGCUGCCGCUGGGGCCGGCCUGAAGGGCCACCUGCCCAAGGUGCAGAUGCCCAGCCUGAAGAUGCCCAAGGUGGACCUCAAGGGCCCGCACGUGGACCUGAAGGGCCCCAAAGUGGACGUGAAGGGCGCCAAGGGGGAGCUGAGCAUCCCCGAGGUGGACGUGGCCCUGCCCGGCGUGGAGGUGGACAUCCAGGCCCCGGGUGCCAAGCUGGAGGGGGACCUGGCCCUGGCCGACAAGGACGUGGCCGCCAAAGACAGCAAGUUCAAGAUGCCCAAGUUCAAGAUGCCCUCCUUCGGCGUGUCCGCGCCUGGCAGGCCCUCCGUGGAGGCCUCGCUGGAGGUGGCGGCGCCCAAGGUGGAGGCGGACGUGGCCCUGCCCUCCGCGCAGGGCGACCUCAAGACCCCUGACCUGAGCAUUCAGCUGCCCUCCGCCGAGCUGGAGGUCAAGGCCGGCCAGGUGGGCGUGAAGCUGCCCGAGGGCCAGCUGCCCGAGGGAGAGCUGCCCGCACAGGCUGCCGCUGGGGCCGGCCUGAAGGGCCACCUGCCCAAGGUGCAGAUGCCCAGCCUGAAGAUGCCCAAGGUGGACCUCAAGGGCCCGCACGUGGACCUGAAGGGCCCCAAAGUGGACGUGAAGGGCGCCAAGGGGGAGCUGAGCGGCCCCGAGGUGGACGUGGCCCUGCCCGGCGUGGAGGUGGACAUCCAGGCCCCGGGUGCCAAGCUGGAGGGGGACCUGGCCCUGGCCGACAAGGACGUGGCCGCCAAAGACAGCAAGUUCAAGAUGCCCAAGUUCAAGAUGCCCUCCUUCGGCGUGUCCGCGCCUGGCAGGCCCUCCGUGGAGGCCUCGCUGGAGGUGGCGGCGCCCAAGGUGGAGGCGGACGUGGCCCUGCCCUCCGCGCAGGGCGACCUCAAGACCCCUGACCUGAGCAUUCAGCUGCCCUCCGCCGAGCUGGAGGUCAAGGCCGGCCAGGUGGGCGUGAAGCUGCCCGAGGGCCAGCUGCCCGAGGGAGAGCUGCCCGCACAGGCUGCCGCUGGGGCCGGCCUGAAGGGCCACCUGCCCAAGGUGCAGAUGCCCAGCCUGAAGAUGCCCAAGGUGGACCUCAAGGGCCCGCACGUGGACCUGAAGGGCCCCAAAGUGGACGUGAAGGGCGCCAAGGGGGAGCUGAGCAUCCCCGAGGUGGACGUGGCCCUGCCCGGCGUGGAGGUGGACAUCCAGGCCCCGGGUGCCAAGCUGGAGGGGGACCUGGCCCUGGCCGACAAGGACGUGGCCGCCAAAGACAGCAAGUUCAAGAUGCCCAAGUUCAAGAUGCCCUCCUUCGGCGUGUCCGCGCCUGGCAGGCCCUCCGUGGAGGCCUCGCUGGAGGUGGCGGCGCCCAAGGUGGAGGCGGACGUGGCCCUGCCCUCCGCGCAGGGCGACCUCAAGACCCCUGACCUGAGCAUUCAGCUGCCCUCCGCCGAGCUGGAGGUCAAGGCCGGCCAGGUGGGCGUGAAGCUGCCCGAGGGCCAGCUGCCCGAGGGAGAGCUGCCCGCACAGGCUGCCGCUGGGGCCGGCCUGAAGGGCCACCUGCCCAAGGUGCAGAUGCCCAGCCUGAAGAUGCCCAAGGUGGACCUCAAGGGCCCGCACGUGGACCUGAAGGGCCCCAAAGUGGACGUGAAGGGCCCCAAGGGGGAGCUGAGCAUCCCCGAGGUGGACGUGGCCCUGCCCGGCGUGGAGGUGGACAUCCAGGCCCCGGGUGCCAAGCUGGAGGGGGACCUGGCCCUGGCCGACAAGGACGUGGCCGCCAAAGACAGCAAGUUCAAGAUGCCCAAGUUCAAGAUGCCCUCCUUCGGCGUGUCCGCGCCUGGCAGGCCCUCCGUGGAGGCCUCGCUGGAGGUGGCGGCGCCCAAGGUGGAGGCGGACGUGGCCCUGCCCUCCGCGCAGGGCGACCUCAAGACCCCUGACCUGAGCAUUCAGCUGCCCUCCGCCGAGCUGGAGGUCAAGGCCGGCCAGGUGGGCGUGAAGCUGCCCGAGGGCCAGCUGCCCGAGGGAGAGCUGCCCGCACAGGCUGCCGCUGGGGCCGGCCUGAAGGGCCACCUGCCCAAGGUGCAGAUGCCCAGCCUGAAGAUGCCCAAGGUGGACCUCAAGGGCCCGCACGUGGACCUGAAGGGCCCCAAAGUGGACGUGAAGGGCGCCAAGGGGGAGCUGAGCGGCCCCGAGGUGGACGUGGCCCUGCCCGGCGUGGAGGUGGACAUCCAGGCCCCGGGUGCCAAGCUGGAGGGGGACCUGGCCCUGGCCGACAAGGACGUGGCCGCCAAAGACAGCAAGUUCAAGAUGCCCAAGUUCAAGAUGCCCUCCUUCGGCGUGUCCGCGCCUGGCAGGCCCUCCGUGGAGGCCUCGCUGGAGGUGGCGGCGCCCAAGGUGGAGGCGGACGUGGCCCUGCCCUCCGCGCAGGGCGACCUCAAGACCCCUGACCUGAGCAUUCAGCUGCCCUCCGCCGAGCUGGAGGUCAAGGCCGGCCAGGUGGGCGUGAAGCUGCCCGAGGGCCAGCUGCCCGAGGGAGAGCUGCCCGCACAGGCUGCCGCUGGGGCCGGCCUGAAGGGCCACCUGCCCAAGGUGCAGAUGCCCAGCCUGAAGAUGCCCAAGGUGGACCUCAAGGGCCCGCACGUGGACCUGAAGGGCCCCAAAGUGGACGUGAAGGGCCCCAAGGGGGAGCUGAGCAUCCCCGAGGUGGACGUGGCCCUGCCCGGCGUGGAGGUGGACAUCCAGGCCCCGGGUGCCAAGCUGGAGGGGGACCUGGCCCUGGCCGACAAGGACGUGGCCGCCAAAGACAGCAAGUUCAAGAUGCCCAAGUUCAAGAUGCCCUCCUUCGGCGUGUCCGCGCCUGGCAGGCCCUCCGUGGAGGCCUCGCUGGAGGUGGCGGCGCCCAAGGUGGAGGCGGACGUGGCCCUGCCCUCCGCGCAGGGCGACCUCAAGACCCCUGACCUGAGCAUUCAGCUGCCCUCCGCCGAGCUGGAGGUCAAGGCCGGCCAGGUGGGCGUGAAGCUGCCCGAGGGCCAGCUGCCCGAGGGAGAGCUGCCCGCACAGGCUGCCGCUGGGGCCGGCCUGAAGGGCCACCUGCCCAAGGUGCAGAUGCCCAGCCUGAAGAUGCCCAAGGUGGACCUCAAGGGCCCGCACGUGGACCUGAAGGGCCCCAAAGUGGACGUGAAGGGCGCCAAGGGGGAGCUGAGCGGCCCCGAGGUGGACGUGGCCCUGCCCGGCGUGGAGGUGGACAUCCAGGCCCCGGGUGCCAAGCUGGAGGGGGACCUGGCCCUGGCCGACAAGGACGUGGCCGCCAAAGACAGCAAGUUCAAGAUGCCCAAGUUCAAGAUGCCCUCCUUCGGCGUGUCCGCGCCUGGCAGGCCCUCCGUGGAGGCCUCGCUGGAGGUGGCGGCGCCCAAGGUGGAGGCGGACGUGGCCCUGCCCUCCGCGCAGGGCGACCUCAAGACCCCUGACCUGAGCAUUCAGCUGCCCUCCGCCGAGCUGGAGGUCAAGGCCGGCCAGGUGGGCGUGAAGCUGCCCGAGGGCCAGCUGCCCGAGGGAGAGCUGCCCGCACAGGCUGCCGCUGGGGCCGGCCUGAAGGGCCACCUGCCCAAGGUGCAGAUGCCCAGCCUGAAGAUGCCCAAGGUGGACCUCAAGGGCCCGCACGUGGACCUGAAGGGCCCCAAAGUGGACGUGAAGGGCGCCAAGGGGGAGCUGAGCGGCCCCGAGGUGGACGUGGCCCUGCCCGGCGUGGAGGUGGACAUCCAGGCCCCGGGUGCCAAGCUGGAGGGGGACCUGGCCCUGGCCGACAAGGACGUGGCCGCCAAAGACAGCAAGUUCAAGAUGCCCAAGUUCAAGAUGCCCUCCUUCGGCGUGUCCGCGCCUGGCAGGCCCUCCGUGGAGGCCUCGCUGGAGGUGGCGGCGCCCAAGGUGGAGGCGGACGUGGCCCUGCCCUCCGCGCAGGGCGACCUCAAGACCCCUGACCUGAGCAUUCAGCUGCCCUCCGCCGAGCUGGAGGUCAAGGCCGGCCAGGUGGGCGUGAAGCUGCCCGAGGGCCAGCUGCCCGAGGGAGAGCUGCCCGCACAGGCUGCCGCUGGGGCCGGCCUGAAGGGCCACCUGCCCAAGGUGCAGAUGCCCAGCCUGAAGAUGCCCAAGGUGGACCUCAAGGGCCCGCACGUGGACCUGAAGGGCCCCAAAGUGGACGUGAAGGGCCCCAAGGGGGAGCUGAGCGGCCCCGAGGUGGACGUGGCCCUGCCCGGCGUGGAGGUGGACAUCCAGGCCCCGGGUGCCAAGCUGGAGGGGGACCUGGCCCUGGCCGACAAGGACGUGGCCGCCAAAGACAGCAAGUUCAAGAUGCCCAAGUUCAAGAUGCCCUCCUUCGGCGUGUCCGCGCCUGGCAGGCCCUCCGUGGAGGCCUCGCUGGAGGUGGCGGCGCCCAAGGUGGAGGCGGACGUGGCCCUGCCCUCCGCGCAGGGCGACCUCAAGACCCCUGACCUGAGCAUUCAGCUGCCCUCCGCCGAGCUGGAGGUCAAGGCCGGCCAGGUGGGCGUGAAGCUGCCCGAGGGCCAGCUGCCCGAGGGAGAGCUGCCCGCACAGGCUGCCGCUGGGGCCGGCCUGAAGGGCCACCUGCCCAAGGUGCAGAUGCCCAGCCUGAAGAUGCCCAAGGUGGACCUCAAGGGCCCGCACGUGGACCUGAAGGGCCCCAAAGUGGACGUGAAGGGCGCCAAGGGGGAGCUGAGCGGCCCCGAGGUGGACGUGGCCCUGCCCGGCGUGGAGGUGGACAUCCAGGCCCCGGGUGCCAAGCUGGAGGGGGACCUGGCCCUGGCCGACAAGGACGUGGCCGCCAAAGACAGCAAGUUCAAGAUGCCCAAGUUCAAGAUGCCCUCCUUCGGCGUGUCCGCGCCUGGCAGGCCCUCCGUGGAGGCCUCGCUGGAGGUGGCGGCGCCCAAGGUGGAGGCGGACGUGGCCCUGCCCUCCGCGCAGGGCGACCUCAAGACCCCUGACCUGAGCAUUCAGCUGCCCUCCGCCGAGCUGGAGGUCAAGGCCGGCCAGGUGGGCGUGAAGCUGCCCGAGGGCCAGCUGCCCGAGGGAGAGCUGCCCGCACAGGCUGCCGCUGGGGCCGGCCUGAAGGGCCACCUGCCCAAGGUGCAGAUGCCCAGCCUGAAGAUGCCCAAGGUGGACCUCAAGGGCCCGCACGUGGACCUGAAGGGCCCCAAAGUGGACGUGAAGGGCGCCAAGGGGGAGCUGAGCGGCCCCGAGGUGGACGUGGCCCUGCCCGGCGUGGAGGUGGACAUCCAGGCCCCGGGUGCCAAGCUGGAGGGGGACCUGGCCCUGGCCGACAAGGACGUGGCCGCCAAAGACAGCAAGUUCAAGAUGCCCAAGUUCAAGAUGCCCUCCUUCGGCGUGUCCGCGCCUGGCAGGCCCUCCGUGGAGGCCUCGCUGGAGGUGGCGGCGCCCAAGGUGGAGGCGGACGUGGCCCUGCCCUCCGCGCAGGGCGACCUCAAGACCCCUGACCUGAGCAUUCAGCUGCCCUCCGCCGAGCUGGAGGUCAAGGCCGGCCAGGUGGGCGUGAAGCUGCCCGAGGGCCAGCUGCCCGAGGGAGAGCUGCCCGCACAGGCUGCCGCUGGGGCCGGCCUGAAGGGCCACCUGCCCAAGGUGCAGAUGCCCAGCCUGAAGAUGCCCAAGGUGGACCUCAAGGGCCCGCACGUGGACCUGAAGGGCCCCAAAGUGGACGUGAAGGGCCCCAAGGGGGAGCUGAGCAUCCCCGAGGUGGACGUGGCCCUGCCCGGCGUGGAGGUGGACAUCCAGGCCCCGGGUGCCAAGCUGGAGGGGGACCUGCUGGAGGGGGACCUGGCCCUGGCCGACAAGGACGUGGCCGCCAAAGACAGCAAGUUCAAGAUGCCCAAGUUCAAGAUGCCCUCCUUCGGCGUGUCCGCGCCUGGCAGGCCCUCCGUGGAGGCCUCGCUGGAGGUGGCGGCGCCCAAGGUGGAGGCGGACGUGGCCCUGCCCUCCGCGCAGGGCGACCUCAAGACCCCUGACCUGAGCAUUCAGCUGCCCUCCGCCGAGCUGGAGGUCAAGGCCGGCCAGGUGGGCGUGAAGCUGCCCGAGGGCCAGCUGCCCGAGGGAGAGCUGCCCGCACAGGCUGCCGCUGGGGCCGGCCUGAAGGGCCACCUGCCCAAGGUGCAGAUGCCCAGCCUGAAGAUGCCCAAGGUGGACCUCAAGGGCCCGCACGUGGACCUGAAGGGCCCCAAAGUGGACGUGAAGGGCGCCAAGGGGGAGCUGAGCGGCCCCGAGGUGGACGUGGCCCUGCCCGGCGUGGAGGUGGACAUCCAGGCCCCGGGUGCCAAGCUGGAGGGGGACCUGGCCCUGGCCGACAAGGACGUGGCCGCCAAAGACAGCAAGUUCAAGAUGCCCAAGUUCAAGAUGCCCUCCUUCGGCGUGUCCGCGCCUGGCAGGCCCUCCGUGGAGGCCUCGCUGGAGGUGGCGGCGCCCAAGGUGGAGGCGGACGUGGCCCUGCCCUCCGCGCAGGGCGACCUCAAGACCCCUGACCUGAGCAUUCAGCUGCCCUCCGCCGAGCUGGAGGUCAAGGCCGGCCAGGUGGGCGUGAAGCUGCCCGAGGGCCAGCUGCCCGAGGGAGAGCUGCCCGCACAGGCUGCCGCUGGGGCCGGCCUGAAGGGCCACCUGCCCAAGGUGCAGAUGCCCAGCCUGAAGAUGCCCAAGGUGGACCUCAAGGGCCCGCACGUGGACCUGAAGGGCCCCAAAGUGGACGUGAAGGGCGCCAAGGGGGAGCUGAGCGGCCCCGAGGUGGACGUGGCCCUGCCCGGCGUGGAGGUGGACAUCCAGGCCCCGGGUGCCAAGCUGGAGGGGGACCUGGCCCUGGCCGACAAGGACGUGGCCGCCAAAGACAGCAAGUUCAAGAUGCCCAAGUUCAAGAUGCCCUCCUUCGGCGUGUCCGCGCCUGGCAGGCCCUCCGUGGAGGCCUCGCUGGAGGUGGCGGCGCCCAAGGUGGAGGCGGACGUGGCCCUGCCCUCCGCGCAGGGCGACCUCAAGACCCCUGACCUGAGCAUUCAGCUGCCCUCCGCCGAGCUGGAGGUCAAGGCCGGCCAGGUGGGCGUGAAGCUGCCCGAGGGCCAGCUGCCCGAGGGAGAGCUGCCCGCACAGGCUGCCGCUGGGGCCGGCCUGAAGGGCCACCUGCCCAAGGUGCAGAUGCCCAGCCUGAAGAUGCCCAAGGUGGACCUCAAGGGCCCGCACGUGGACCUGAAGGGCCCCAAAGUGGACGUGAAGGGCCCCAAGGGGGAGCUGAGCGGCCCCGAGGUGGACGUGGCCCUGCCCGGCGUGGAGGUGGACAUCCAGGCCCCGGGUGCCAAGCUGGAGGGGGACCUGGCCCUGGCCGACAAGGACGUGGCCGCCAAAGACAGCAAGUUCAAGAUGCCCAAGUUCAAGAUGCCCUCCUUCGGCGUGUCCGCGCCUGGCAGGCCCUCCGUGGAGGCCUCGCUGGAGGUGGCGGCGCCCAAGGUGGAGGCGGACGUGGCCCUGCCCUCCGCGCAGGGCGACCUCAAGACCCCUGACCUGAGCAUUCAGCUGCCCUCCGCCGAGCUGGAGGUCAAGGCCGGCCAGGUGGGCGUGAAGCUGCCCGAGGGCCAGCUGCCCGAGGGAGAGCUGCCCGCACAGGCUGCCGCUGGGGCCGGCCUGAAGGGCCACCUGCCCAAGGUGCAGAUGCCCAGCCUGAAGAUGCCCAAGGUGGACCUCAAGGGCCCGCACGUGGACCUGAAGGGCCCCAAAGUGGACGUGAAGGGCCCCAAGGGCGAGCUGAGCGGACCCGAGGUGGACGUGGCCCUGCCCGGCGUGGAGGUGGACAUCCAGGCCCCGGGUGCCAAGCUGGAGGGGGACCUGGCCCUGGCCGACAAGGACGUGGCCGCCAAAGACAGCAAGUUCAAGAUGCCCAAGUUCAAGAUGCCCUCCUUCGGCGUGUCCGCGCCUGGCAGGCCCUCCGUGGAGGCCUCGCUGGAGGUGGCGGCGCCCAAGGUGGAGGCGGACGUGGCCCUGCCCUCCGCGCAGGGCGACCUCAAGACCCCUGACCUGAGCAUUCAGCUGCCCUCCGCCGAGCUGGAGGUCAAGGCCGGCCAGGUGGGCGUGAAGCUGCCCGAGGGCCAGCUGCCCGAGGGAGAGCUGCCCGCACAGGCUGCCGCUGGGGCCGGCCUGAAGGGCCACCUGCCCAAGGUGCAGAUGCCCAGCCUGAAGAUGCCCAAGGUGGACCUCAAGGGCCCGCACGUGGACCUGAAGGGCCCCAAAGUGGACGUGAAGGGCCCCAAGGGGGAGCUGAGCAUCCCCGAGGUGGACGUGGCCCUGCCCGGCGUGGAGGUGGACAUCCAGGCCCCGGGUGCCAAGCUGGAGGGGGACCUGGCCCUGGCCGACAAGGACGUGGCCGCCAAAGACAGCAAGUUCAAGAUGCCCAAGUUCAAGAUGCCCUCCUUCGGCGUGUCCGCGCCUGGCAGGCCCUCCGUGGAGGCCUCGCUGGAGGUGGCGGCGCCCAAGGUGGAGGCGGACGUGGCCCUGCCCUCCGCGCAGGGCGACCUCAAGACCCCUGACCUGAGCAUUCAGCUGCCCUCCGCCGAGCUGGAGGUCAAGGCCGGCCAGGUGGGCGUGAAGCUGCCCGAGGGCCAGCUGCCCGAGGGAGAGCUGCCCGCACAGGCUGCCGCUGGGGCCGGCCUGAAGGGCCACCUGCCCAAGGUGCAGAUGCCCAGCCUGAAGAUGCCCAAGGUGGACCUCAAGGGCCCGCACGUGGACCUGAAGGGCCCCAAAGUGGACGUGAAGGGCGCCAAGGGGGAGCUGAGCGGCCCCGAGGUGGACGUGGCCCUGCCCGGCGUGGAGGUGGACAUCCAGGCCCCGGGUGCCAAGCUGGAGGGGGACCUGGCCCUGGCCGACAAGGACGUGGCCGCCAAAGACAGCAAGUUCAAGAUGCCCAAGUUCAAGAUGCCCUCCUUCGGCGUGUCCGCGCCUGGCAGGCCCUCCGUGGAGGCCUCGCUGGAGGUGGCGGCGCCCAAGGUGGAGGCGGACGUGGCCCUGCCCUCCGCGCAGGGCGACCUCAAGACCCCUGACCUGAGCAUUCAGCUGCCCUCCGCCGAGCUGGAGGUCAAGGCCGGCCAGGUGGGCGUGAAGCUGCCCGAGGGCCAGCUGCCCGAGGGAGAGCUGCCCGCACAGGCUGCCGCUGGGGCCGGCCUGAAGGGCCACCUGCCCAAGGUGCAGAUGCCCAGCCUGAAGAUGCCCAAGGUGGACCUCACGGGCCCGCACGUGGACCUGAAGGGCCCCAAAGUGGACGUGAAGGGUCCCACGGGAGAGCUGAGCAGCCCUGAGUUUGAGGUAUCCCUGUCUAGUGUUCGUUCACCUGUUUGUCCUUCCUCAGGUAACUUUGUUCAGUCUCAUGACUCUUUUGAUCAUUCUGUUACCUCUUUUAAAGCUCAGAUUUUGUUUCCUAAGUUCUAUAAACCCAAAUUUGUAGUUUCCCUUCCAUCAUCAGCAGAACAUGAUUUGUCUCUGUCUGAGCAUGGUGUUCCUUCCUCCUCUAGUCCUCUUGCAGUGUCCAAUUCUUUAGGCUCCCUAGUUCCAUCUUCAGAUCCCCCUGUUUCUCCUGCUUUGGAUGAAUCCUCCAUUGACUUUGCCAUGACAUCGCCAGUUGAAGGAUCUGAUCAUGAAGGAAAGGGAAGUUCCUUCAAAUUACCACGCAUCAAACUCCCUCCAUUCAACUGGUCCCCAAAAAAGGAAGGAGGGUCUGCAAGUGAUUCUGAGUCCCUUCAGGUGGACCCCGUAACUGGUUUAGGUUUCUCUAUGAUUGAAACGGACACUCAGGUUGGGACCUGUGCUUACCCAGUGGAGUCACACCAGCCUGCAUCUGUCGAGAAGGAAACAGAGAAGGGAAGAACCCGGAAACUGAGCUUUUCCAUGCCACGACUUGCACUACCCAAGAUAAAGGGUUCUAAGGGGCGGGCUGGCCUGCUCCAUGGAGAUGUGAAGCCUUCACUUACUGGUACCACAGCUGGAGUUGACUUGGUAGUCAUAGAAACCACUGUCAGUGACACGCAUGUUGGGAGCACUCAUUCAACAGAUGUCAGUACAGAGCCCUGUGUCAUCUCCCCCUCCAUGACAGCAGGGGUGACUGACCUGGAUGUCAGAGGUGACAGCAAGAGUCAUAUGUUUGUGGGUGUGUCUGCAAGUGAGCCCCUUGGGGAACUGACAGCAUCUAUAACUGGAGACCUGCAGCCAUCCUGUAGACAAAGAGAUAAUGCCUCCACCACGGAAAGCCCUGAGAUGGAUCCCACAGCAAAGGAGAUGUCAACAGGCUCGCAUGAGCGCUGGUUCAAAAUGCCCAAGUUCCGAGUUCCUGGUUUUAGGCGCUCUUCAUCCAAGGAGCGAGAUGGGGCUGGAGAAGAGGAAGCUACUCAGACACAGACUCCUGGUGUCAGCAUACCCUCAGAGGCAGAAGUGGCAGUACCCACUGUGCAACUGUCCCACGUGCCUGAGCCGAAGGUAGGAGCACAUGUCUCCCUGGGGUCCCCAGAGGAAGGGACCAGUGUGAAGACCCCAGAAAGCCCGACGUAUGCAGAUGUUGUAAAACGUGAUCUCCGUGGAACAGGCUCUAGGCUGCACAGCUCCAUUGCUGGGAUGUCCGAGACACGUCUGUCCACCCCUGAGUUAGGGAACCAUCCAGCUAAGGACUCCUUCUCCCUUGAGAUGUCUGGUGUGAGAGUCUCAGAACCCCAACUUCCUCCAGAAGGAAUAGGAGGAAACAUUCUUGCUGAGGCAGAGGCUGGAACAGGAAGCAGGCCUUCCCAGCCGCAAGGGCCUCUGAGGCUGAAGGCUUCCCUCACUGAGAUGCCAUCCCAGGUCUCUGUGGUGAGCACAAGUCAGCUCUGGGAGGAUUCUGUGUUGACUGUAACAUUCCCCAAACUAAAGGUGCCCAAGUUCUCCUUCCAAGCCUCCAGCUCCGAGGCUGAUGUAUUCUUCCCUGUGGUGAGGGAGGUGCAAUGUACAGAGGCCAGCAUUGGCAGUACCGUACAUGAAGACAGCCCUGGGCUUUGGGAAGCUAGCAUUCUAAAAACAGGAGCUGAGGAUGCCAGAGCGCCACCAGCAAGCCUUGAGCAGUCCUUGGAAGCAUCCCCAAUUUCUAAGGUCAGAGUGCACAUUCAGGGGUCUCAAGGCGAGAGUCAAGAAGUCAUGAUCUGCAGCAGGGUGGAACGAGAGGGUGCGGAUUCCUCAGCACACGGAGCCUUUUCCACUCAGAUUGUGCGGGAGUCAGAGAUUCCUGCUUCUACAGUUCAGACUCCUUCUUAUGGGUUUUCUUUGCUGAAAGUGAAAAUCCCAGAAACCCCUGUGCAGCCUAGUGUGUAUACUGUGGCUCCCGACUCGCAGGUGCAAGAGGGCUUGGGUAGAGUUCCCCUGCCAGCUGCUGGCGAUAUCCCUCCUGAUGCCGGCGAACCAUUUGAAAUGAUCUCUUCCAGUGUUGGCAUGCCACCACUGUCACCUGAGGUGCCCCCUGGGCCCCAGCUUGCAGACAGCACCUCUGAUGAAGAGCCAGCCGAGAUUCUUGAAUUUCCCGAGGACAGCCAGGAGGUAAAGACCCCUGAGAUGGCUACAAAACAGAAGUCAGAAGGUAAAAAGGCCAGCCUGUUGUGGUCCUGGCUUCCAAGCAUUGGCUUCUCCUCUGUGGAAGAGACGGCUGCUGAUUCCAGAGACACCGCCCAAAGACCUGCUCCAGUCCACGUGCAGCCUGCAGCUCGGCUGGACCCUGACCUGCCCAGGAAACAGGAGAAGGCAGGCUGGUUCCGGUUUCCCAAGUUAGGAUUCUCCUCUUCGCCCACCAAGAAGAGCAGAAGCACUGAAGGUGAGGAAGGGCACGCAGAGCAGAGACCCCAGGAAGAAGCUAUCACCUUUUUUGAUGCUCGAGAAAGCUUCUCUCCCGAAGAGGAGGAGGAGGAGGAAGCCGAGACAGAGGUGACAAAUGCCAGGCCCGGUUCCAGAGCGAUGGUGGCGUCCUCUGCAAGAACAGAACUAGUACUGUUGGAACAGACUGAAGACACCGUUGACAAAUCUGCAUCCAGGCCUGUGGCCAAGUGAGGGCCAGAGGUCAGAGUCAGUGCAAGUGACAAGCUAAGCUAAAAGCCAGGGGCUGGGCACCGCGAAAGCAACCUCCCCUGGAAUACAUGUUGUCCACCUUGAUCCACAGACUUGAAACCAGCGCAGAAAUGAAUAGUGCGUCUGUCACAUCACACAGCCCUCCUGUACGAAACCGAAAAUAACGCUAGUUGCUUCCGAGCCUCGGAAGCCACGAAGGCAGCAAGUUACAGCUGGAGAGCUCCGCUGGCCUUUGUGGGGUAAGUCGCAAGAGGCCACCCAAUGCCGAGAGAGCACCAUUGCCUCGGCCGUUCCCAUGUCUGUGAGUUGAAGCAGCUUUGGGUGUGAUCUCUGCCCCACUGUUGCUGUUUCCUGGUGAGUUCGGUUUUCCUGUCAGGCAGAAUAUGGUGCGUCCUGGGAAAGCCCCUUGCCUUCUUGCUCAUGAACUUCCUCCUUUGUUGACUGUUUCACUAAUGGCAAGCUUUGGGACGGUGACUGUGAUGACGUUCACCCAGCCGUCUCUCUCCACUCCACGCCGCUGCUGCCUCGCAGCCAAACUCCGGACAAUUACGUUACAUUUUCAGCGCCCCAUGCAUUCUCCUCACACAAGAUAAGUCACGUAGUUUCUUUUAGGCUAGUAUGUGUAGCAGAAGGGUUUGACCGGUGGCUGACUGCGCUCAGUGAUAACCGUGGGUUACCCAGUACGUCGCGGACGCGGGGUUGCUGUUAGCGUCCUAUUGGUAUGUGUCUCUCUGUCUACCUGUCUGCCGGUGUCGACCCUUUUCCCAGCUGUGUACGAGCCCUUUGCUCUGGCUCCUGAGCACCUCAUGAACUGAUUGCAGCCUACACAGACAGUCCCAUUCAGCCACCCCCUGCUGAGCAAUAAAAGGAAUGAUGCACCCAGUG